UAUUGUUAAAUAUGGCCGUGACAUGGAAAUUUAAUUUAAUAUUAUACAGUAGAGCCAUAUUCUUCAUUCUUAUUAUGUAUGAUAAUACGAUAGUAAAAGGUGCCCGUUUAAAAAUAAACGAUCUUCGAGGUACCGACUUUGAAGGGAAUGGUUUAGAUGAUUUUGAAAUUUCUAAUUAUCAAAGAAGUAAUUUAAAAGUAAAAAAUCUUCGAUCCACCAACCACCGUAGCAUUACACGAGCUAAAGAAUCAAUUUCGGAACAAUUGAAAAUGAGUAAUUUUAGAUCUGCUUAUUUACAAUCUACGAAAGGUAAAAAUAAGAAGAAAAACUUUCUUAAAACGAAUACACAGAGCAAAUUAAUAUUCCAAACGAACUCGACAGUCAAAGAGUAUAUGCCGACAGUGGUAUCGACAUUUCGAACGAGGUCAAAGAAUAAAAUAUCAAUUACAACAAACUCCAAAGACAAAACAAAGUCAAAGAAAAAGUUAAAAGUCAAAUCAACCUCAACUAAAAAGAUUAUACUUAACACAAACUUUAAAAAAAAUAAAAGAAACUCUACAUCAAUUAAAACUACAACAACCAAACGCAGAUUUGUUAAGGAAAAGAAUAAUAUAGAAAAAUCAACAAUUAAAAAUAAUAAACAAGCAGACGAAGACUUAGAAUUGAAAAGUGAAAUAAAAUCGAAAGCCAUAAAUAAAGCACUGGAUCUAUUCUCAAAUAGUCUUGUUAAAUCUUUAUCAGAUCAACUUUGGGAUGAAUUUGUGAUGAAAUCUAAAAAAACACGAAAUUCUAAACCCCAACGAAAUAAAGAAGAUUCAAUUUUACAGAAGAAAACAGUUUCAAAAACCUUACGGAAUAUAGAAAAUUCAAAUCCACCACGAAAAAAGGAAAAUUUAAAAACCAUGCGACAAAUUGAAGAAUCUGUUGAGCGUUUUGAGAUAAUUCUUUAGACUUAAAUAAAGCUAUUUUUCCUGUUUUAUAAAUUACCUUAAGAGUAAUAUAGACCAGAAAUAUAGCAUUUCCUGUUACUGGCGCCAUUAUCUUCUUUGAUAUUGCGA